AUGGGCUCGGUUUUCCCCACCGACGGGUUGAGAGUGAAGUCCGGCUUCAAGUCUCCAAACGUGUCUCUGGGUGAAAUCAUCACCUCGGAUGUCCUGCACAGCUUUCUGUACGGGAGAUGGAGAAACGUGCUGGGAGAACAUCCUCAUCAUCUUCAUCCUCAUCAUCCUCAGGUCUCCGAGGACAAGCCGCAGCAUCCCAUCAGCAGAACCGCCUUCACCGCUGAGGUCCUGGCGCAGUCCUUCUCCGGAGAGGUUCAGAAGUUGUCCAGCUUGGUGCUACCCAGUGAGGUGAUCAUCGCUCAGAGCUCCAUCCCUGGGGAAGGCCUGGGCAUUUUCUCCAAGCUGUGGAUCAAAGCCGGGACUGAGAUGGGUCCAUUCACUGGCCGAGUCCUCUAUCCCCAGCACGUGGACCUGCUCAAGAACAACAACCUCAUGUGGGAGGUGUUUAAUGAGGACGGAACGGUGCGUUGCUUCAUAGAUGCAAGUCAGGAGGACCAACGCAGCUGGAUGACCUACAUCAAGUGUGCAAGGAAUGAGCAGGAGCAGAACCUGGAGGUGGUGCAGAUCGGCAGCAGCAUCUUCUACAAGGCUGUGGAGACCAUUCCUCCUGACCAGGAGUUGCUUGUUUGGUAUGGGAAUUCACACAACACCUUUCUGGGAAUUCCUGGUGUUCCUGGCACUGAGGAUGAGCAUCAGAAAAGAAACAGGAACGAUGAUUCUCACUCAAGUGACAGCAAUUCUUCGACCUCCCCUCCCUCCAUGCCCUCGUCGACGUCCAGCCGCAUGCGCUGCGUCAUCUGUCACCGUGGCUUCAACUCACGCAGCAACCUGCGCUCUCACAUGCGCAUCCACACCCUGGACAAACCCUUCGCCUGUCGCUUCUGCAACCGGCGCUUCAGCCAGUCGUCCACGCUGCGCAACCAUGUGCGCCUGCACACCGGAGAGCGACCCUACAAGUGCCACGUGUGCCAGAGUGCCUACUCGCAGCUGGCAGGACUCCGUGCGCACCAGAAGAGCGCCAGGCACCGGCCUGCAAUCCCCAGUACAGAAACCAGGCAGCUGUCUCCUCCCUCACCGUCACCGAUGGCCUCCAUGGCACAGACGGUGCCGCUCGUGCACCACAUUGCCACCAUGGUGCUCUGA